AUGAUGCCCCAGAGGAAAAAAAGGAAGAAAGAUAUUGACUUCUUAGCUCUGUAUGAGGAGGAGCUGCUGAACUACGAGUCUGAAGACGAAGAGGAGCUAGAACAUGACUACUACAAGACUAGAGUGUAUGAGGUGAUCACGAUGACUGGUGAUGUCCGGGGUGCAGGAACCGACGCCAACGUCUUCAUCACCAUUUUUGGGGAGAAUGGGCUGUCUCCUAAGCUCCAUCUCUCUAGCAAGAGUGAAUCUGCCUUUGAAAAAGCCAAUGUGGAUGUGUUCCGGGUAAGAACCAAUAACGUUGGUGCCAUCUACAAAAUCAGAAUCGAGCAUGACAACACUGGGCUGAGUGCCAGCUGGUUUUUGGACAGGGUCAUCCUGACUGACAUGAAGAGGCCCCACCUCAAGUACUAUUUCAACUGCACUAGUUGGCUGAGCAAAGUGGAGGGAGACCGCCAGUUGUGCCGGGACCUGUUGGCCAGCUUCACCCCUAUGGAUGUCCCCAGGUAUAACAAGUAUGAUAUCAAAGUCUAUACUGGAGAUGUAAUUGGCGCUGGGACAGAUGCAGAUGUCUUCAUUAAUAUCUUUGGAGAAUAUGGUGACACAGGGGAACGGAGGCUAGAAAGUGAGAAAGACAACUUUGAAAGGGGGGCAGAAGACAAGUUCACGCUGGAUGCACCAGAUUUGGGGCAGCUGAUAAAAAUCACUAUUGGCCAUAACAAUAAAGGUGGAUCUGCAGGCUGGUACCUAAACAAGAUUAUCAUUGAAGACAUUGGGAACAAAAGAAAAUAUGAUUUCCCACUUGACCGAUGGCUGGCCCUAGAUGAGGAUGAUGGCAAAAUCCAACGGGAUAUUCUGGUGGGAGGUGCCAUAACCACAGCUAUCUCAUACAUCGUUACAGUCAUAACAGGGGAUGUCCGGGGGGCUGGGACCAAAUCCAAGAUAUUCCUUGUCAUGUAUGGAGCCAGAGGAAAUAAGAACAGUGGGAAAAUCUUCCUGGAAGGAGGAGUAUUUGACAGAAAUCGGACGGACAUCUUCAACAUUGAGCUGGCUGUCUUGCUCAGCCCCCUGAGCCGAGUCUCCAUUGGGCAUGGCAAUGUAGGCGUCAACAGAGGGUGGUACUGUGAGAAGGUGGUGAUUUUGUGUCCAUUCACUGGCAUACAACAGACUUUCCCUUGCAAAAACUGGCUGGAUGAAAAGGAAGGUGAUGGACUGAUUGAGCGGCAGCUCUAUGAGGUGGUGUCCCUGAGGAAGAAGAGACUCAAGAAAGUUGCCUGGUCUCUCUGGGUCUGGACAAAUGACCUGAAGAAAGCUGCCUGUAAUGUCCCCGUUUUUAUCCAGCUUUAUGGACAGAAGGGACGAACUGAUCAAAUUCGUCUGAACCCAGGUCCACAGGGCUUUAAACCUGGCAAGAUCGACAAAUUCAGGCUUGAAAUCCCAGAUCUUGGAAGAUUUUAUAAGAUCAGAGUUUGGCACGACAGUAAGAUUCCUGGUUCUGGAUGGCAUCUAGUAAAGAUGACGCUCUUGAAUUCUCUAACAAAGGACAAGUAUAACUUCAACUGUAACCGCUGGCUGGAUGUCAAUGAGGAUGACUAUGAGACGGUGAGGGAACUUACUGCAGAGGGCCCGACAGUUCGGAGGAUAAUGGGAAUGGCCCAGUAUCGAGUGACCCUGUGCACAGGGGACAUCGAAGGAGCAGAGACAAAUGCCCGAGUUUUCGUCUGCCUCUUUGGUGAUGCGGGAGAUACUGGCGAGCGCACCCUGUCUAGCAUCAUCUGCAGAAACAACACUGAUAUAUGUCAAAAAGGCAGUGCUGAUGAAUACACCAUUGAAGCAGUCACCCUGAGGAAUGUGAAAAGAGUCAGGGUUGGACAUGAUGGCAAAGGAGGGGGCAGUGGCUGGUACCUGGAGCGAGUGUUAGUGAGAGAAGAAGGGCAGCCAGAGAGUGACAAUGUGGAAUUCCCAUAUAUUCCCUAUGAGAUAACCAUCUACACCAGUGAUGUCUUUGCUGCGGGGACCGAUGCCAGCAUCUUCAUCGUGAUCUAUGGCUGCGACGCCAUCUGCACCCAACAGAAGUAUCUGUGCACCAGCAAAAGGGAGCAGAAGGCGUUUUUUGAGAGAAAUUCUGUCUCUUGCUUCAUCGUGGAGAUGGAGGAUGUGGGAGAAGUCAUUGAAAAAAUUCGGAUUGGACAUGACAAUGCAGGCAUGAAUGCUGGGUGGCACUGUGACCAUGUGGAUAUCCGAAGGCUCCUGCCAGAUAAAGAUGGAUCAGAGACUGUGACCUUUGCCUGUGAUCGAUGGCUUGCCACCUCUGAAGAUGAUAAGAAGACUAUCAGAGAACUGGUCCCAUUUGAUAUGUUUACUGAGAAAGUAAUGAAAGAUGGGUCUUUAAGACAAAUUUAUAAGGAAAUAGAGGAACCUCUGGACAUUAUUCUCUAUUCAGUGCAGAUCUUCACUGGGAAUAUACCUGGUGCUGGGACAGAUGCUAAGGUCUUCAUCACAAUCUAUGGAGACCUUGGAGACACAGGGGAACGGUACCUGGGCAAGUCAGAAAACAGGACUAACAAAUUUGAAAAAGGAACGGCUGACACCUUCAUCAUAGAGGCUGCUGACCUGGGCGUCAUAUAUAAGAUCAAACUCCGUCAUGACAACAGCAAGUGGUAUGCUGACUGGUAUGUGGAGAAAGUUGAAAUCUGGAAUGACACCAACGAGGAUGAGUUUCUGUUCCUCUGUGGACGGUGGUUGUCCCUGAAGAAAGAGGAUGGGCGACUGGAACGUCUCUUUUAUGAAAAGGAAUAUGAAGGCGACCGAAGCAGCAACUGCAGCAGCCCUGCUGACUUCUGGGAGAUGACCCUCAGUUCCAAGAUGAGUGAAAUCGAUAUAGAUACUGUGACUGGCCCUCUGGUGAACUACGUUCAGGAAGGUCCAUUGAUUCCUUACCAUGUGACCAUCACCACCGGUGAGCACAAGGAUGCAGCCACUGAUAGCCGUGCCUUCAUCAUCAUUAUUGGGGAGGAUGAUGAGGUGUCCAAACGCAUCUGGCUGGAUUACCCUGGGACGAAGAAGGGUUUCAGCUGUGGCUCUGUGGAGAAGUUCUACGUCGUAGGCCUGGAUGUAGGAAACAUCAAGAAAAUAGAGCUGGGUCAUGAUGGAGCCUCUCCAGAGAGCUGCUGGCUGGUAGAGGAGUUGUGUGUCGCUGUGCCUACCAAGGGGAGCAUGUACACUUUGCGCUGUAACUGCUGGCUGGCCAAGGAUCGUGGUGAUGGUCUGACUUCCAGUGUCUUUGACCUCCUGGAUGCUGUGUUUGUGAAUAUUGGAGUGAAGAUCAUGUAUGAAAUGACCGUCUGGACAGGUGAUAUCGUUGGAGGUGGCACCGAUUCCAACAUUUUUAUGACACUUUAUGGUGUCAACGGGAGCACAGAAGAGGUGCAGUUGGAUAAAAAGAAAGCUCGGUUUGAGCGAGGACAGAACGACACUUUUGUUAUGGAGAUUGAUGACAUUGCCCCAUUCACAAAGAUGCGGAUGAGGCUGGAUGGGCUGGGCAACCGACCAGAGUGGUUCCUGGACAAGGUCCUUCUGAAGAACAUGGACAAUGGAGACCUGACAAUGUUCUACUAUGGUGAGUGGUUAUCUGAGAGGAAGGGUGAAAAUAAGACCCUGGUCUGUGAGAUGUGUGCAGUGAUUGAUGAGGAAGAGAUGAUGGAGUGGACAUCCUACACUGUGACCGUCAAGACCAGCAAUGUUUUUGGAGCUGGCACCGAUGCCAACGUGUUCAUCAUCAUCUUUGGAGAGAAUGGAGACAGCGGUACCCUGCCCCUGAAGCGAUCCAAAAACUUUAACAAGUUUGAGCGCAAUGGGACUGAUACUUUCAGCUUCACAGACAUGCUGAGCCUCGGUCAUCUCUGCAAGCUGAGGGUCUGGCAUGACAACAAAGGGUUAUUUCCCGGCUGGCAUCUAAACUACAUUGAUGUGAGGGACAACUCCCGGGAUGAGACAUUUCGCUUCCCGUGUGAACGCUGGCUAUCAAAGAGCGAGGAGGACAGACAGACGGUCCGAGACUUGCGCUGCGCCAACAAUGAGAUCCUGGAGGAGAUGGAGGAAACCACUUAUGAGAUCGUCAUAGAAACCGGCGAUUCAGAUACCAGGGAGAAUGCCUGGAUCGUUCUGGAAGGAAGAAAGGACCGAUCCAAAGAAUUUCUCAUUGAAAACAGCCCUAGGCAUAGAGUGUUUAGAAAGGGCGCCACCGACAAAUUUGAAUUUGACAGCACCUAUGUGGGUGACAUAGCAGCACUGUGUUUGUGGCACAUGCCCAGAGAAGGGCAGAGGAUGCCUCCCAGGGAGAUACUCUGGCACGUGAAGACCAUCACCAUCACAGAGCUGGAGUUCAACAAUGUGUACUUUUUUAACUGUGACUACAAAAUCCCCCUAAAGAAAAAGAAAAAAUACUUCAAGGUGUUCGAGGUAACAAAGGUGACCGAGAGCUUUGCCAGCAAGAUCCAGAGUCUGGUGCCAGUCAAAUAUGAGAUCAUAAUCACAACGGGUUAUGAACCUGGAGCAGGCACGGAUGCCAAUGUCAUGAUCACUGUCUUUGGGGCCAAUGGUGACACAGGGAAGCGGGAACUCCGGCGGCGUAUGCGCAACCUUUUUGAGAGGGGCCACACUGACCGAUUCUUCCUGGAGACUCUGGACCUGGGGGAGCUGCGCAAGGUGAGGCUGGAGCAUGAUGGCAAAGGUCCCAGCUCUGGCUGGCUGGUGGAGAGGGUAGAGGUCACCAACACUAGCAAUGGAGUCGCCACAAUCUUUGCUUGUGGAAAGUGGCUGGACCCAAAGAAGGGAGAUGGGCUGACAUGGAGAGAUCUCUUCCCUUCAGUCUGAGGGGG